AUGCCCGACUUACUUCUUCCACCCCCUUACCCGCCCACUCAACCCCUCUGGUGCUGGCGGCUGGCGCUGGUGCUGGUUCCUGGUGCUGGCGCUGGUGCUGGUGCUGGUUCCUGGUGCUGGCGGCUGGUGCUGGUGCUGGUUCCUGGUGCUGGCGGCAGGUGCUGGUGCUGGUUCCUGGUGCUGGCGCUGGUGCUGGUGCUGGUUCCUGGUGCUGGCGGCUGGUGCUGGUUCCUGGUGCUGGCGGCUGGCGCUGGUGCUGGUUCCUGGUGCUGGCGCUGGUGCUGGUGCUGGUUCCUGGUGCUGGCGCUGGUGCUGGUGCCUGGCGCGGUAGAGGGGGAAGGCGCGACGAGGGAGGACGGGGAGGGGCAGGGACAGCGCGGGUAUGGGAGGAAACUGCAGUUGCUGACGCGGCAGAUGCAGGCGGGGCAGGGACGGGUCGUGCAGGGCGGGGGCAGGGACGGGUGGGGAAGAGGUGGCGGGGUGGGGAGCUGA